AUGCCAUCGUUCAGGGGCUUAAUUGCUUUAGCCGCCCUCGCGGGCUCAGCAUAUGCCAAGUUUGAUAGUGGAUCUUCAAGCAAUCUUGCUCUGUAUUGGGGUCAGAAUUCCUUUGGGAGAGGCUCCGGGGAACUUGCGCAGCAACGACUUGGAUAUUAUUGCGAAGAUCCAAACAUAGAUAUGAUUCAAAUCGCGUUUGUGGUAGCAAUAAAUGGGCCGGGCGGUGAACCCCAAGUCAAUUUUGCUAACCAAGGGGACAUAUGCGAGAAAUUUCCCGGGACAGGAUUGUUGAAUUGCCCCCAAAUUGGGGAAGAUAUAAAAAAGUGUCAAUUCAAGCAAAAAACAAUUAUACUUUCAAUCGGUGGGGCAACAUAUAGCGAGGGGGGGUUCAGGUCAGAGACAGAGGCUGUCGCUGCUGCAGACAUGAUCUGGGAGACCUUCGGUCCGAAAAUGGAUAGCACCAGGCGACGACCGUUUGGAGACGCGGUUGUGGACGGCUUUGAUCUUGACUUUGAGUCUAACGUCGCCAACAUGGAUUUUUUCGCUAAUCGACUGCGCAAAUUGAUGUCCUACAACAACUCAAAACCAUUCUACCUGACAGUGACGCCCCAGUGCCCGUAUCCAGAUCUGAACAACAGGGGCAUGCUUGAGGGGAAAGUUGAAUUCGAUGCUGUUUUCGUCCAGUUUUAUAACAACUACUGCGGUCUAAACUCAUUUCAGCAGGGCGGCGAGCAACAAAACUUCAAUCUCAAGGCAUGGGACAACUGGGCAAAGAGCAUGUCGAAAAACAAAAAUGUCAAAAUCUUAGUUGGCGCCCUGGCGAAUACGGGCGCUGCCGGUUCCGGGUACGUGGAGGCAUCCACACUUGCCUCGGUCAUCCAGUAUUCAAAGACCUUCUCGAGUUUCGGCGGCGUGAUGCUCUGGGAUGCCAGCCAGGGAUGGGCAAACGGCAACUUCAUUGCCACUGUGAAAAAAGCGCUGGGACGCUCAUUUUGGAGAUUCAGGGCAUAA